ACUUUCCGGUCUCAGCAGACUUGGGUUCGUUGACUCCUAACCGUGCUUUUUCAAUUGCUCUAAUGAAUCUGCAACUCAAGUUCUACGGCUCCGAAUUAUCUACGUUGGAAUGCAUUCACUUUUAGAUCUCUUCAAAAUUUAAUUGAAUUGGUUCCUUCUUGCAUGAUAUCCAUUAAACAUUCCUACAAUGGCGAACCCUCGGCUUCGUGGGUUCUUUUGGUGGAAAAGAUGGGCAAAAACUAACUGGAUUAUCUUAGUUGCGGGCUUCACAAUUAUCUUGUUGGCUCUUACUGUCACCAUUGAUUCUUGGAGCAAAGAGAGCGACCUGAACGGAUCGCUUGAUCCCAAAACCUCUCUCGUCGACCUGACGUUAUUACGAAAUGCUAAGGAUAGAGGCGCUGUUUGUUUAGAUGGUAGCGCACCUGGGUACCAUCUUCGAAAGGGGUUUGGCUCUGGUACCAAUAACUGGCUUCUCCACAUUGAGGGUGGGGGUUGGUGCGAUACAGUGGCAUCAUGUUCUUCACGUAAACGAACUGCACUAGGGUCCUCACUCUAUAUGGAUCACCGAAUUCCCUUUCUUGGAAUCUUAAGCCAUGACCCAUUACAAAAUCCUGAUUUCUUCAACUGGAACAAGGUAAAGAUUCGGUACUGUGAUGGUGCAUCAUUCUCUGGGAACCCAGAAAGUGAAUUGAAGAAUGGAACAGAACUCUUUUUCAGGGGUCAGAUUAUCUGGGAAGCAAUUAUGGAUGAACUCCUGUCUGUAGGAAUGGCCAAUGCUAGACAGGUUCUUCUUUCAGGAUGCUCUGCUGGAGGGUUAGCAACUCUCCUACACUGUGAUGAUUUUCGUAAAAUUUUGCUCAAGGAUGCUAGAGUCAAGUGUCUUGCAGAUGCAGGCUUUUUCCUUAAUGAGAAAGAUGUCUCCGGGAAUCAUGCUAUGCAUUCUUUCUACCGUGAUGUUGUCCGCCUCCAGGGUGUAGCCAAAAGUUUGCAGAGAGCUUGUGUUUCAAGAAUGGAACCAUUUCAGUGCUUCUUCCCACAAGAAAUUGUUAAGAACACAAAGACCCCGGUUUUUCUUGUUAACCCAGCCUAUGAUUUUUGGCAGAUACAACACAUUUUGGCACCAGAUGCAUCUGACCCUUACAACAACUGGCGCAAGUGUAAAUUGAACAUAAACAAUUGUAACGCCAGCCAGAUUGAAAUACUACAAGGAUUCCGGAACUCCAUGCUAAAGUCUCUUCAUGAGUUCCAGCAGAACAAGGACGGGGGGAUGUUCAUAAAUUCUUGUUUUGCUCACUGCCAGACAUGGAUGGCUAGUACAUGGCAUUCGCCUAGCUCUCCAAGAAUCAAUAACAAGACUAUUGCAGAAUCUGUUGCAGAUUGGUAUUUUGACCGAAAAGUAGUGAAGGAAAUUGAUUGCCCCUAUCCAUGCAAUCCUACCUGUCAUAAUAUGGAUUUUAGCGGAGGCCUAUGAGGAUCAGGAUCAUUUCAGUGUCAAUUGAGCUUUUGAUUUUAAAUCUGGCUGAUUACUCCAUGUUAUUGGCACAACUUCUCUUCACAUGUAUAGAAAUUGAAGUUGUGAAGGAAUGCCCAUGGAGAUGGAAAAUGAAGGGACAGAAAGUUUAUUGGUAACUAAUUUGUUCUCCCGUACUAAUAGAGAAAAUUAUGUAGCUUACUGGUUUGUUCUGUAAUUAAAGAGAAUUAUGUGGUUUGUUGGCUUGUGUACAUCAUGGAUUCUCCUUUCUACUUUUUAUCAUUUAAAAUCCAUUCCCCGAUCCUUCAUGGGUACUUCAUAAAAAAAAGGCCAUUACCGAAUGUUGGUCCCAGUUUUUGGGGUCUUUAGUCUUGGGAGGGGUAGAUCCAAUAUAAUUUGAUUGAUUUAAUUAUGUAUGUUCAUGUAUACUUGAAAAUUUUUAUUGUAUCUAUGUUGAGUUGUUGGGCCUA